CGAGUGUUCCACGCUUACGUUUAUGUAAGCAAGCAUAGCAUGUCGAUGUCAGUCAGUUGUUGAACGUUCUGUAGUUAUAUCUAAUGCAAUAUGCAUUUUCAGUGUAAACUGAACGAAUUCUACCAUUUUAAUAUCUAAUUAGUAAAUACACUUUUUUACAAAAUAUGUACGCUAAAGGAAAAACGACAACAGUACCUUCGGAUGCUCAAGCUCGAGAAAAAUUGGCGCUAUAUGUAUAUGAGUAUCUCUUGCACGUUGGAGCGCAAAAAGCUGCUCAAACCUUUCUAUCUGAGAUACGCUGGGAAAAAAAUAUAACUUUGGGUGAACCUCCUGGCUUUCUUCAUUCAUGGUGGUGUGUGUUCUGGGACCUAUAUUGUGCUGCUCCUGAGAGAAGGGAUACUUGUGAACACUCCAGCGAAGCCAAAGCCUUCUAUGAUCAUGACUAUGGAUUUGUCAACUCAGGCUACGGUGUCAAUGGCAUGGGACAUAACGCUGGACCAUCACCCAAUCCUAUGGGACAAAUGCCUCCAAAUGAUCACAUGGGCCCUGGAUUUUUCCCUCCUUUCAUGGGACCACGCUAUCCGUCAGGACCUCGCCCUGGUGUUAGGAUGCCUCAAAUGGGAAAUGAAUUCAAUGGCCCUCCUGGACAACCCAUGAUGCCUACUGGGAUGGACCCGACAAGGGCAGGUGAGGGUGGAGAUUUUGUGGGAUGGCAAGGUGGACCGGGUAUGAACCCACGAAUGAACCCACCCAGAGGACCCGGAAUGGUGCCCGGUUCAUAUGGCCCAGGACAGGGCAUGCGAGGACCUCCACCUAACUCAGCAAUGGGACCCGGACCCGGGGGACCACCCAUGGGCAUGGGACCUGGGGGAAGGCCACAAUGGCAACCCAACACAUCUACUGCUAUGAGCUACUCCUCUUCAUCACCCGGAAAAUAUGGGGGUCCUCCAGGAGGUUCUGCUCCACCAGGCCCCGGAACUCCCAUAUUGCCAAGCCCUCAAGGUUCAGUCGGUCCAUACUCCCCUGCUAGUCAUCGAAUGCCCACCCCCAGUCCAGUAAAUCGUCAAGAUCCUUCAAACCCAGGAGGAGAAAACAUGUACACAAUGAUGAAGUCAGUACCUGGGGGAUCCAUGCCUGGGGAGUUUGGAAUGGGAGGUAAUGGACCAGGAAAUGACGGUCCUGUAGGAGGUGGAAUGGGUGUGGUUAUGAAUGGAGACGGCAAUUCACCAGCAGGGCCAGGCCCAGGCACACCUAGGGAUGACUCUGGCGGAGGUAUGGGGGACUACAACUUAGCAGGCUUCGGACCUACGGAUAACGUCAACAUGGGUGUACCUGCCUCUUUCUUCUCUGACAGCAAAUUGGGAACUAAAGUUCCAGAAGAAUGGUGAACUCGUAUCGCUCUAGUAUGUGUGUAUUUAUUUGCUGACAACCAUUGCUUUGGACUGUCCCCUACUAGACAGCAUCACUUUUGAUGGACACGGUUCCGUUAAAUGUAGUGCUCUCCUUCCAGAUUGGUUUGAACAUUUCAUUUAAAAGAAAAGGGAACCAAAAAUACACAUUCAAUACUAUGUGAGGCCUCUUAUUUUUUAGUGAAAAGAGUUGAACAUGUGGUUAUGUUUGAAUCUAUAUAGCCUACGUAAUAUAAUAAGGGUUUUAUCUGUAACAUCCAUUUCCUCCCGUCCUAGUAUACUGUUUUUUUACAAUAGAGGUGUCAUUCAAAGGGCUUGUAAUCUAGCGCAGGUACGAACAGUAAUUAAAAGGCAAUUUCAUUUACGGUUUCAUCCCCCUAGCCCUUUAUUUCAAAAUGGAGAUUUCAGGAUUCACGUAAAGCUGGACAACUUGCUAUAUACCGUUUGAAUAUGUCAAUCGUAAUUUAAUACUGAUUACUUUCAGUUAAAUUUUAACCACAGUAAAAUGGCUGCAAUUAAGAGGCAAAACAUUUUAUGAAAAUUAAUUUUAAACUGUACUUUUAUUUAUAGUGAUUGAGACAGUUAAAUCACUCUUCAUGGUAUUGUUCGGCAAUUGAUAUAUUUUUUUAUAUUUUUAAUUACUGCAUUUUUUAAUCUAAUAAUUGUCUUAAAAAAUAUUUAUAAUAUCAUUUUAAUAUGAUGAUGUCUUUUUAUGUUAAACUUUUACAGCUACGAAUUGAUUUAAAAAAUAAAAAAAGCAUAACUGCAUUUCCAUUAGGCCUACCAAUUAUAUAAAGCGUUGAACCAUAUUAAAAUAGGCGCUGUGCACAAAUCCUCUCUUUUCUGUUUAGGAGAAGAAAUAUAUUUUUGUUAUUAUUCUAUAUUAAACUAUCUACAAAAAUGUUUUCUAACAUUCAAAAGCUGUCCAAUUUUUCUUUUGGAAAAUCUAUUAUCACAUGGUUGUGAAGGAAAUCAAUAUAUUUUUUUUUAUCUCUGUAUUAUUUUGGUAUCAUUAAAUUUAUUUAUGGAUAUUAUUAUUUAGUAUAGGCUAUGGCUUUUUGCUGCUAUGAUCUAGUUUGUUGAUUUUAGAAUCUCAACCUCUUAACAUCCUCAAUUCAGCAAACCUGACUCUCAGUGCAAUUUUAUUAUCUAUUUAUUGGAAAAGAAAAUGUAUAACAACAGACAAAAUAUCUUGACAAAAUUCUCAGACCUUGGUACUGUGAAACUUAGAAAAGAGUGUCCGGUAUCUUUACCAAUGCCAAUAAUUACUGUAAUAUUUGAAUCAUAACAGUAUUAAGCAUGCCAAUGCCAAACAAACAGUUAAAAAAAUGCAUUAUUGUACACCAAGAUAUUGGAUUAUACACACAGUAACUAACACAUAAAUGCCGCAUUGGCUUACUACUACUACAUCGUUGUUAGUACGGUACCAGAUCUGAUUCAUUUCAGCUCUUACAUCACAAAUUUUCUAACAUUUUAAAUAGUUGUAAAAUAAAAUUUCCUGGCUACAGAUUUGCUGAGAUGAGAAUAUUUUCAUAAGAAAGUGUUUUAACUUUAAUUUUAUACAAUCAAAAUGCAUAAUAUUUCAACUUUUGACAUAAUUUCUAUAUUUGAGAUAUUUGUGAUUAACAUAAAAACAAGGCAAUAUGUUUGUGCCAUAUCUAGUUAUAUAAAUGAAAGGUUUUAUAGACAAGAUGUGUAAUUGAUCGCAUGGUUGUGGGUUAUGUUGAUUAUUCUGUACUCAUGGGUGAUCAGGGUAUCUUCUUGCCAACUGGUUCAGGGAUUAUGCUUAGUAGAUUACAUAACUAUAAUUAUCUGUGUGAUAAAAUGACUGACCAUCGAAUAAUAUAAGACAUGAUUAACAAUAAUUGAUUAGUUUUCUACUAAAAUCAUAAAAAAGCUUAAAGUUCAAAUUAUUUUUUGUAGUAUGUGAAAUAUUGUAUGUUUGUUUAAAUUAUGUAGAGAGAUACAAACUAAUACAUAAUAUAAAAAAAUAACCUAAAAAGGUUAUAUGUUGGUACGCAGGCUGUAAUGAUUUUUUUUAGUUUUAUUUAUUUCACAUUACUAAACAACUUGUAUAUUUUAUCACAAAGCUAGUUAAAAGUAAAUCAAGGAAAAUAUGGGCCCCUUAAUAGUAAGAUCAAUAAUUGCUUCUAUGUUUAUCUUUCAGUGUUGUUGAGGUACAUUCUUGGAGUAAAUAUAAGCCAACUUUGUCUUUAGGUGCUCACAAAUCUUUAUGUGUUUAAGCAGUUUUUCACUACUUGUGAUUAUGGGCUUUAAUAUGUUGUAAUUUAGGUUUUAUAGUGCUUAUUUAAUUCGUAGUAAGUAAUAGUAAAGAACAUGUAUCAAGUUAAAUAGUAAGCAGGUAACCUUUUUUCAAUUUUACAACUCUUCUUGGUGAAGUCUAAGAAUUUGUACCUCAUCAAACGAUUGUGUUCUUAGGCUACAAAGAACGUCAAUGAGUGCCUCAAUGACAAGAAAGAGGAAGACAAUUCCCCAAAACGAAAAGAAAGGUUACCUGCUUGUUUUAUGUAAGUUGUAUUUUUAUCCAUCAAUUAGGGUUGUGUAAGGUGGAUUACUUAGACAGUACCUCACCUUUUUCCACUUAAUAGGUUGUAACUACGCAGUAUUCUAAAACUCGAGGAACUCAUUUUUGUGCCAUAUAACUCUGUGUUCCUCGAGAAAACUUUGAAGGAAUUUAUUUAUUUACAUUAUAUAAUUUUGUUGUUUUGUUAUUUCUGCACAUAUGUACAUAUUAGGUAUACAUAAUUUUCUCAAAUACUCAUUUGUUAAGUUAGUUAAUAAAUAAGUUAGUUUUAAGGAAUCGUGUCGGUUGUCAAAGGGGAUGGUGUAAGCUAAUGUGUAAUUUCAUAAAAUUAACAAAUCAGAACAGGGUAUUCAUUACAGUUUGUUGAUUUCUUACUGUUUAGGGUUUUUUUUAUGUUUUCAGCAAUGCUGAGAAAACACAACAUAUUUUGUGACACCCUGUUACUUAACAAACAUUUUUGAAUGAUUCCACAAAAAAUGACUUGCUAAUUUGUAUAACAAGGAGUAAUAUUAUACCGUCAAUCUACUUUCCAGCCCUCAUAUUUUGUUAUCGGGAAAGAAUAUUUUUUGUGGAUUGAUCUCAACAUUGCUUUAGAAUCCUUGCCAACUGUUUACCAUCACAACUAGGCCUAACCUGAUCUCUGCUUCUACUGCAGGCCCUCCGCUCUAGUCUGGCUGUCAUUUUGUCAUAAAAAAUGUACUUUUAAAUUUUUAAUGGUACUUAUUCUCUAAAUGGGAUAUUUUCUAAAAAGGCCCAGUCUUUUCUAUGCCAUUAACACGUUGACUGCUGAAAACAACAUACAGGCGCUCCCCCAGUGGCGGGCGAAGCCCCGCCAUGCAACCGAAUCAACGAACGCAAUUGGCAUUCAAAUAUUUCAGUCUGACGAAUCACAAAAGAGCAGUGGUGACUGUGCUGCGUUACCCCGAGAGUGGAUGUAGUUCACGGAAACACCCAAAGGUUGCAGCACUGCACGGAUCCGUAUCCAGUGUCUUUGUAAUGUGGGUUGAAGAGAAAAAAUCCCCGAAACCGGGACAAAAGCAUUGCCAGACAGGAUUUUACGGGAAAUUUUAGUACCAACCUACACCAAAGUAAAGCUCGCAUUCUAAGCUGGCUGUCUGGCAACGAUUAUAACGUCUCCGUCUGAAGCUAAGCUCACACUGACUCAAUAUAUUUCUGUUGGUCUGGUGCCGACUUUUGUCGGCGCGAGCCACAUUGAAGUGCUAGCGACGCUGACUUUAGUCGGCGUUAGCAGUCAACGUGUUAAAAUGCUGUAAAGCUGGAAGUAAGUAAUCGUCACCUUUUCUUACUUCUUUCAGUGAUGAAUUACCUUAACUCAUAGUUUUCAAGAAUACUGCCAAUUGAAGUUUUCAAAUUGUUGAACGUUGGGAAUACUAGUCUUAAUAAUUAUUUUUACCAAUCGAGAAACUAUUAUGUUACGCGAUUUUUUUUAAAUCUUGUAACUAGUAACUUUUCCCAAUCAAACGAUUUUGUGGAGAUUUUUGGUGUCCACAAUGGACAAGCACUCAAAUAUUGUUAGCCAAUUAACAUUAAGAACUCUUAACAUCAUUAAGAAAUAACAGAGUUAACAUCACAUUUGAAAUCAUUUAGUUAUUUUUAUGUUGACCUAGCAUUUUUGUCUGUACACUUAGGAAUAUGCAAGUUCAAUCGCUUUUACAUUAAUAAGACUGUGUAAUGGUUGUUAAUUCAUAAUUAAAAUCUUUUAGUUAGUAAGUAUUUGUUACUUGUUUAAAAUGUGGGGUUUUGGCUUUUUAUUUAGAUAUCUAGUAAAAAUAUGUUUUCUGUCUUUGAUUUUCAUCUGUGGGUUUAAAAAAUCUAAUGACCUUCUUCAUAUUGUGGUGCCAGUGCAAUUAACACUGAUAAAAUACAGUUGCUCAAAAAAUCAAACUGCUGUUAGGUGUUACUCCAAUCAAUUUCUAGAAGUCUUUUUUUGUUUUUGUUUUAAACUCCUCAUUGUACUUGUAUAUUGAGUAAUAAUUAUAAAAUAUGAACUAUCGAUGUAGCUAUUUUUGUAAAUGUGAUGUUAUAAAACAAAAGUUAUCAGGCAAGCUUAGUAUAUUAUUUGACUUUUAGGAGUAAGUUAGGCUGGCACCUAAAUCUAUGUUCUAUUUUUUAAACCAUUUCCAUGAAUACUGCACUGUUUUAAUGAAGUUUUUCAUUUAAGAAAAUUGUUUGCCCUGAUUUGUUGUUUGAUGAGGUUUCACAACUUUUAUGACACUUGCCACAAUUUUUAUUUUGAGAUCUGCCUAGUCCUAUAAGAGUAUGUUUUCUGUUAUCUUUUUGAAUGUCAAUUUACACAUUCAUAUGUCACAAACUCCUUGUGGAGUAUAUCCUUAUUAAUGUGUUGUAAUAAUUUGUACUUAUCUCAUUUAUUUUUCUUGUAUUGAAAGAAUCUUUGAUCCUGAAAUGUAUGUUUUUACGCUAU